AUUAGCUUGCAUCACUGCUGGCUCAGGUUACCUAUGUGAAAAUGACACCUGCAAGCUUGAUCACGUGAUCAGGUGUGACACAGAUACAGGUUCUAGGGAAUUCCAAUGUGACAGCACACAUGCCAGCCUUUUCUGCAUCCCUGCUCAUAAAGGCUCCUCUUUACUAUGGAUCGAUUCAAACGAUUCAAUACAAAGGAUUUUUAUCGGCACAGUUUGAGGUCUGUUCCCUUGCUAUGACCAGACAACCUCUGUAAAAGAUUAUCUGUGGCACUGCAACUCAUUGAUGAUUCAAACCGUGACAGAGCUUAACGUCUCAUCAUGACUGUGAAGCAGCUCUUGCUGGAGUACGACAAAGUGAAUGAACGUGGCACCCUCUCUCCGGGGGACACCCUCUCUGGGAGAGUCACGGUAGUGACCGACAAGGAAACCAAAGUGCAGUGUUUUUUGGUCAAAGCCAAAGGUAAAGCCGAGGUGAUGUGGCCUGAACAGGAUCGGGGAGCCUCAUUGGUGCACAGUGACAAGAAGACAUACUUUUAUUUUGAGGAUAUUAUUCUUCAGGAUAAAAAAGGAGAUGGUUCUAUAAUCAUCGGCCCUGGGAAAAAUGUGUAUUCGUUCACAUUUGAGAUUCCAAAAAGAGAUAUGCCUUCAUCUUACAAGGGGAAAUGGGGCAAGAUUAUAUAUAGUUUGCGGGCAAAGCUGACCCAGUCAAUUUGGCAAGUGCACAAAGCCAAGACCGAGUUUCCUUUUCUAACCAAGUCAGAGUUCCCCUUUGUCUCCAAGUCAGAGAUGAUCAUCAUUGGACUGAAGGAGCCACAAUAUGGGACCAGGAUUUCAUUCUAUGGCUCUGGAAAAGUCACUAUGAAUGUUAGCUCAGAAAAAAUGGGACUUAAGCAAGGUGAAACAAUGGAAGUUAGUGCAGAAGUACUCAACAACUCAGCACACACAGUAACCCCUAAAUUCUUCCUCUGUGAAAAGCAGACCUUCGUUGCUCAGUCACAGAGGAUAGUGCACACAAAUGCCAUCUUGCUUGGGACGGGAGAGUCUGUUUCAGCUGCCACCAGUCGGACUGUAAGCACAGUGCUGACUGUGCCCUCACAUCUCCCUCCUACCUUCUUCAACUGCUCCAAGAUGAAGCUAGAGUACAGACUGAAGGUCACUCUUGAUGUCCCGUUGGGAAGAGACCUUGAGAUCAAACUUCCUCUGGUCAUUCUGUUGGGUCAACCAAAACCGCCUAAAGAGAAAGCAAAGAGAUCCUGGUUUACAUAG